CCUCCCUCCUCUCCUAGCUUGGCCUCUCAAGGUAUUCAUUCACACAGGCUGAUAGCUGGGGAACGAGCCUGGACUGGUGGUGAAGCGCUAGAAAAAGCAUGCUGAUUCUAUAGACUUUGGAUCCUGGGAUUGGCAGGCGACUUGAGGGAGGACAUGUAGCCUUCUGGAGGUUGGGAGACCCCCCAAGACAUUGGUUCCAACUUCUACGGUCGACAGCAUUGCGGCUGAACAAUGAAUAGCUCAGAAAACGACUCCUACCCCUACAAGUGUAUGUUUGAUGAAGAUUUCAAGUAUGUUCUGCUUCCGGUGUCCUAUGGGAUUGUGCUCUGCGUUGGGCUUAUUCUCAACAUCCUGGCCCUUUACAUCUUUCUGUUCCGGCUUAAGCCCUGGAAUGCUUCCACCACGUACAUGUUUAACCUGGUUAUCUCGGACCUUCUGUAUGUCAUCUCCCUGCCCCUGCUGAUCUACUAUUAUUCCCAGGGCGAUGACUGGCCAUUUGGGGAAGCUUUGUGCAAAAUCGUCAAGUUUCUCUUCUACAACAACAUGUAUUGCAGCAUCUUCUUCUUGCUUUGCAUCAGUAUCCACCGAUUCAUUGGGAUCUGCUUCCCUAUGAAGUCGUUGAGUUGGUUAAAGGUUCGAAACGCCCGCAUUGUAUGCGUCGUGGUCUGGGUCUUCAUUGCGGCUUUCCAGUCCCCAAUAUUGUAUUUUGUGACCACGAGCACAAAGGGAGAUACCACCACCUGCCACGACACCUCCAGUGUGGAUUUAUUUGAUACUUUUGUCGUCUACAGCUCGGUCAGCUUGGCUUUGCUCUUCUGUGUCCCAUUUGUUAUCAUCAUCAUCUGCUAUGCUUUGAUGACCCGGACCCUCAUGCAGCCCUCAGCAACUUCUUCUGACACUUCAAACUCCAAGAAGAAGUCAAUUAAGAUGAUCAUCAUUGUGCUUCUCACAUUCAUCAUCUGCUUCUUACCUUUUCACGUGAACCGAACCUUGUACUAUUACUUUAGAAAACUAGACCUUGACUGUGGUACGUUGAACGCAAUCAACAUGGCCUACAAAGUGACAAGACCGUUGGCUAGCGCUAACAGCUGUCUGGAUCCCAUCUUGUACUUUCUUGCCGGACAAACUGCGCGAAGGAAUAUUAUUUCUAGGAGUGGCCUCACCAAAGUUAAAAACAAGUUCUCAACCUAUGUACGAAAUAAUAACUCAAGCUCUGUCACGAACAGUAAUGCUGUAGAGAACAGCUUUACCCCCAUUUCUCCCAACAUGCCCUCAGCCCCAAGUCCUAGCCCAACCAUAAUCACCAGGAUGUAAGUAGCCAAGUCAUAUUUAUGAGGUACCAUCCACCGUUUUUUUUUUUUGGCACUGAAUUGCGGGAACCUAGAAGAUCUUGUUUGUUAAACGGGACCAUUAAAGUGUAUCUAACCCCAAAUUUUCAGUAAAAGUAAUAAUGCUCAUUUUGGGUUGAUUGUAAUGCAUGAAAAUUAUCUAUUUAUUGAAAAAGAAUGUUCAUAAGAGACAAGGCAUUAGCAUGGAUAGUGUGAUUGGGUGUAGGCAUGAGUGACGGUGAAUAUAGAUAAUAUGGAUAAAAUACAAUCGUUAACUAUACUCUCAAUUCAGAUACAGCCAAUGAAAACAAUAUAAUACAACAGUAAACAGCCCUUCGAUGCCAAUAUUAGUUUGUCUAGUACAGGGGUCUCCAAACUAAGGGUCAGUUUACUGCCCACUAGACUUUGGCGGAGCAGGACUGUGGCCAGUGGGAGGAGAAUAUGGUAUCAGCGGAAAGAACAGUGCCCCGUUGAUGGUGUCAGCGAGAAGACUAGUGUCCCAUUUUUGGUGUCAGUAGAAGAAUAGUGCCUCAUCAUUCAUUUCUUAGGGAGGGAUAGUUCUUCAUCAUUGGUGUCAGUGGGAGGAAUAGUACCACAUCUUUGGUGUCAGUGGAAUGAAGGAAUAGUGCCUCAUAUUAGUGUGAGAAAUAGUGUCCCAAGAGCAGAGGCAGCCACUUAUGCAAGGCGCCACCCCCCCCUAAUCCAUGAGUCUGGCCCCUAAUCUACAUGCAGGGCACCGGAAGCAUGGAUUCCAAUGUUUUUUCUUUUUUUUUUAAGCACAUGAUUAUAGCCUGAGGCCCUAAUUGGCUUUGAAAAGGGUGGGCUCGGGGCGCAGUUCACUGUGCCUGCAACCCACACAGUUGUGUGACAUUAGCAAAUUAAUAUUCGCUAAUGACUUCCUGUUUCUCCUACCGGCCAAUCAAGAAGUGUGUCCUGAGACUCAAUUGGCCAGGAGUCCUAAGACCCGUUUGACCGUGAGCCCUGAUUGGCCGGGAGGAGAAGCGACUGCUGGGACUCGGGAGGAGAUGCAGGGGAGAAGCUGCUAAAGCCGCAACCUGGAUGGGGUAAGUGCGGGGCUGGCGGUGUGCCUGGUAGGCGACGGGCGAGCGAUGUGGUGAUUGAAUGCCGGGGAUAGCGGCGAUCAAGCGAGCGUCGGGGGCUGGUUGGUUGGUUGGCUAGCUGUGGGGGUGUGGCUGGCUGGGGCGCCCUCCCACCAAGAAAAUUGAGCACCAGCCACCACUGCCCAAAAGCCAGACAAAGGCAAGCGAGCCGCAUUUUGGAGAUCACUGGUCUCCAAGUGGUCUCAAAGCAGAAUCUCAAAGCAGUAUGUAUGUUCACUGGCUAAACCUUGUGAACCCUACUGGGAUGAUUGAUGAGCUUGGCAGAAACAUUUCAUUAUAGAGUGGAGACCAUAGUGGAAACCUGAACAUAUACGUCCUGGUCAUCUCCGCCGCUUACCGGGGCCGUCAGUAGCAGCGGAGGCGAUCAGAUCCUUUCCCCUGAUGGACAGGAAGUCAAGUGACGGAAUGAUGGCGCCACUCGACUCUGUGCCAUUGAAGGAAGCGACGUCAAACGUCACUUCCGCCCAACGGCCUUAAAAAUACUUUUUUUAUAAUGUUUGAGGUUCUAAGUGAUUUUCUAGCAACCAGAUCCUUACCCCUGAUGGACAGGAAGUGGAGUGGGGGAAUGAUGGCCCCCUCUCAACUCUGUGCCAUUGGAUAAAUGAAGAGACGUCAAACGUCACUUCUGCCCAACAGCCUUAAAGGGAUUUGUUUAUAAAAAAAUAAUUUUUUUUAAAUUGUUUUAAUAAUGUUUGAGGUUCUAAGUUAUUUUCUAGCAACCAGAUCCUUACCCCUGAUGGACAGGAAGUCGAGUGAGGGAAUGAUGGCCCCCCACUCGACUCUGUGCCAUUGGAUGACGGAAGCGACGUCAAACUUCACUUCCGCCCAAUGGCCUUAAGGCA